AUGCUCAUUGCUACAAAGGUCACAAAUCUGCUCCUGUGGAGUUCCUACCUUGCUGUCCUUGGGGCGGCGCAAAAUACGACGCCACAGGAGAUAGUCUGGGCUUCUGUCAUCUUCACUCACCACGGAGACAGUACACCAGUGGUGCAGCCUGGUACGCAAACAUUAACAUCAUAUGGUUCUCAGCAAUUGUUUGGUGCUGGUUCGUAUUUCCGAAGGCGCUACUUGAGUAGUUCUGAUACUGGGAUAAUGGGCAUAUCUACUACUGCUCCGGUGCCGUCUGAGCUUCGUGUCCUUUCGAUGGUCGAACAGUAUGUUUCCGCUUCAGCUACGUCAUUCUUGCAAGGCCUCUAUCCGCCAAACCGGCAGUCGGAUAACAGCACUGUGAAUAUCGCAAAUAUGGUGAAUGGGACCGUCAUCGACUUCCCCCUUGAUGGAUAUCAGUAUCCGGAAGUUUUUACCCCGAGCUAUAGGGACCCGGUCAGCACCCAAGUUGUUGGCCAGGCCAACUGUCCCGCGUACAGCGGUGCGAUUGUGGAGUGGGUUGAAAGCAGCGAAUUUCUUGCGUUGGCGACGGAAAGUCUCCAGUUUUAUUCCAGUAUCUACUCGCGUGUACUACGUGGUAUCCUUUCGGCCCAGAAUACCAAUUUCAUCAACGCGAUUGCCAUUUGGGAUUAUCUUAACUACCAAUACAUCCACAAUUCGACUGCCCGAAACGUAAUUUCCCUUGAAGACGUAAACCAGGCACGAUACUUCGCGGACAGAUUUGCGUUCGCAACCAACGGAAACAUCUCGACAAGUGGACAGGGCCGCGAUGACAAUGGCGAUCUCCUUGCUUUGGCGGGCAAGACGUUUUCGAGGUAUAUAUUGAACGCCUUUGAAAGCAAUAUCCGCACCAACGGCAUCAGCAGCAAGUUGGCAUUGGUAUUUGGCCGGCAUGAGCCGAUAAUGGCCUUUGCCGCACUGGCUAAAUUGAUUACAGACCGCUUUCCGAACUUCUACGGCAUGCCCGAGCGUGGUGCUUCGAUGGUUUUUGAGCUCUUCAGCCAGGGGUCCGGUUCCCCCCCUAGGCAAUACCCCUCUCAAACUGACCUGAUGGUCCGCUUCUUUCUUCGCAACGGGUCAAAUCCAUCAGGAACGGAACCCCCACUCACCUCGUACCCACUCUUCGGUCGUGAAGUGUCAGGCAUACCAUACAGAGAGUUCAGAAGCGAGAUGACGAAUAUUAUGUUGUCUGUGGCAGGGUGGUGUCGAACCUGUGCUAGCGAGUCAGUAUUUUGCCCUUCCUACCUGGCCAAUUUCGGAAGACUUGGCAACAGGCCAAAUUCACGUCGCUUAAGUCCUGCAGUGUCUGGAGUAAUUGGUGCAGUGGUUGGUUUGGUUAUUGUGGCACUUCUUGCUGGCCUCGCUGCGUGGUUGUUUGGUUUGCGCAUUCGUCGCACUGCCACACGCCGCAGGUCAGACCUUGGUGGGUUCAAGGGAGGGAAUAAGCUUGCCAGUGAUCCUGAUUUAACGUUUGGGGGCAAAGCUGGGCAGCAGGGGGUUGGCGUUUUUGUGAAGCAAGACGACUGUGAAGGGGGCAAUAGUUCUGGCGAUACCCAUGGUGGCCAUGAGCGGAUUGGAAGUUGGGAAUUGCGGUCCAAAUCAGCGAUUCCGAAUUCUGAAUCUGAUACCGAGAGUACGAGGAGAUUACGUGGAAAUGCGUCGGGACGAGUGAGCUUAGAGGAGGACGAUACGGUGGUCAGCACGAUUGCAGAGCCUGUCAAGGCGCACGAGCAUGUUUGA